AUGAAGUCAUGCAUAUUACAAGCUGUAGUGAUCUGUUUGUCAUCUCAUUUAUUUAGUGGGGCUGUGCAGGAUGAAAACUUAAGAGCAGGAUGCAGAACAGCAGUGAAUGACUUGGUUUUCAUUAUGGAUGGAUCUUGGAGUGUGGGAUCUAACAACUUUGAAAUAGCAAAAACGUGGCUUGUUAAUGUCACAAGUGGCUUUGAUAUUGGACCUGAAUACACUCAAGUUGCCGUUAUCCAGUACAGUGACACCCCACGUCUGGAAAUUUCAUUUGGCCAAUUCCUGACCAAUAAAGAACUAAUUGCUGGAAUAGAAAAUAUUCAAUACCUUGGUGGAAAUACUCAAACAGGUCGUGCUAUUAAGUUUGCAACAGAGAUUGUUUUUCCGUCUUCACAAAGAAAUAAGACAGCUAAAAACAAAAUUGCCGUUGUCGUCACAGAUGGAAAGUCUCAGGAUGAUGUUGUUGAUGCUUCUGUUGAAGCACGUUCUGACAAAAUUAUCCUGUUUGCUGUCGGAGUUGGAUCUGAAAUAACAGAAUCAGAGCUUAAAAUGAUUGGCAACAAACCAUCUACAACUUAUGUCAUAUUUGCUGACGAUUACAGAACUAUAGACAGAAUUAAGGAAGCAAUGCAGCAGAAGAUAUGUGAAGAAUCGGUAUGUCCUACAAGAAUCCCUGUAGCUGCACGUGAUGAGAAAGGUUUUGAAUUAAUUGUGGGCUUUAAAAUACCACAAAAAGCUCAGGAAAUAUCUGGAUCAUUGACGACAGAAGCAGGUUUCUUAUUGACAUCUCAAACAGACGUGACGGAGAAUACUAGAGACAUAUUUCCAGAGGGCCUGCCUCCUUCUUAUGUAUUUGUUGCUACACUACGUUUGCGAAGUCCAGCCAACAAACAGAAAUUUGACUUAUGGCGAAUCUUGUCUAAAGAAGGAAUUAUUCAAGCAGCUGUCACAAUUGAUGGUGAACAACAGGCUGUGUUCUUUACUACUACAAGUCUGGUCAAUGAAAUCCAGACAGUGACAUUUAAAGAUGGCAAACUACAGAAAUUGUUUGAUGAAGACUGGCAUCAGUUGAAGUUAUUGGUAUUAGAAAUGGAGGUCACCUGUUUCUUGGACGACAUAAAGAUUCAGAGCAGACAUCUUGAGCAAGUCAUUCCUAUAUUUAUAAAUGGGAAAACCCAGGUGGCCAAACAUGUGAAAAGAGAGACGUCUGUACCUGAUGACAAGAGGUGCCCACCCGACAGAAUGGAGCCCAAGACAGUCUGUGCGUGUCCACCAGGCCCACCAGGAUUACAUGGUAUUCCUGGACAAAAAGGGUCUAAGGGAGAUUCUGGUAAACCAGGAAAAUCAGGAACGAAUGGUCUACCUGGACAACUUGGUGACCAAGGUAUUCCAGGUAUACCUGGCUCUCAAGGCAUACAGGGUGAAAAAGGACAACGUGGUUUUCCUGGUAUUGAAGGGCUUUUGGGUCCACAGGGACCUGAAGGACCAACUGGGCCACAAGGAAUACCAGGAAUACGUGGAAUAAAGGGAGAACCUGGAAUUCCGGGAACUAAUGGCCUUCCAGGAUUACCUGGGUUAAAGGGCUUUCGAGGUCUUCCUGGACCCCAAGGUCGACCAGGACUCAAGGGACAAAAAGGAAUGACUGGUCAAAGGGGAGCUGAAGGGCAGCAUGGGAUACCGGGUAAGCAAGGACGUCAGGGGUCACCUGGGCAUGAUGGACCACCAGGGCCAAUGGGGGACGUUGGUGCACCAGGACUACCAGGUCUUCCAGGGCGUCCAGGCUCAGCUGGUUUGAGGGGAGAGCCAGGACUUCCAGGACAGACUGGCCCAUUUGGGAUUCCUGGAGCAAAGGGAAAUAAGGGUGAGCCAGGAAAUCCUGGGAGGAAAGGGAGCCAGGCCGAGAAAGGCAAAGAAGGACCCCCUGGGUCACCAGGGCUACAGGGAGCAAUUGGUGCUAAAGGAACAAAAGGCGAGAAAGGUAAUGCGGGACCAUCUGGUGAGAGGGGAAUUGAUGGCAAGAAUGGAGAGCCUGGUCUAAUGGGCCCAAUAGGACCUCGUGGAUCUUCUGGUCAGGAAGGCCCUUAUGGACUGCCUGGUGUUCCUGGACUUCCUGGGAAACCUGCAAAGCCUAUCACGGACGAACGCUUAAUGAAACUUUGCAGUGACAUGCUUCGCACUCAGUUGCCAACGCUACUUCAAAGCAUGAGACCCAGCUGUCAAUGUGAAGGAAUUAAGGGAACACCUGGACAACCAGGCAUGCCAGGACAGAAAGGACAACAGGGAUUUCCCGGCUACCCAGGCAGAGCAGCCAGACGCGGGUAUCGAGGUCUGCCUGGUAUGCCUGGACUCCCAGGGAUGAAAGGUGAGCAGGGACCAAAAGGAGCCAAAGGCAUGAAAGGUGAAGAGCACCCAGGGUUAUCUGGCCCACCUGGUCAAGCAGGUCUACCAGGAUUACCAGGUCCGACUGGUCAUGGACUGCCAGGAGUGGAUGGGGAACCUGGAAGGAAUGGAGCGCCUGGGAGUCCAGGAAAGCGUGGAGCACCAGGACCACCCGGAGUAUGCGAUAUAUCAAGCUGUUAUAAUUCCUAUAAUAAUGGCCGAAGCCCUUUUAACAAAGGACCACAUUUUUGAAGGUCUAGGAGCUGCAUCCAGUCACAUCUCAUGUGUCUUUUACUUGCUGCCAAAUAGGAGGAAACAGUUUCUCAGGAAGAACACAGUUGGCACGUGAACCAAUAGCUAAUUACAGGUUGCAGUCUGUUAUCAUGGUAUGCUACUGAUUUCAAUACAAGCAUUUUAAACACACCGCGUGCAGUGCAUGUAUGUUUAUC